AGCGUCUUCACUCAUCUCUCAGACCCUUAAAGCUACUAUAUGCUUUACGGUCCACCAUACCCGGUGUUUCGGUCGUCCCUCUCCAGCCAAAAAAUAGAUCCUCUAUACCAAACCUCUUCCAGAAUCAUCAAUUCACCAUGAAGGCUCAUCUUUUCGCAUUAAUCUCCCGCCUUCCUUCAACGCUUGGCUGUCUUCACUAUGUUGGCCAAAAUAUACUUAGCGCCAAAUGGGCCGCAGCUCCAGGCCGCUUGGAUUCUUGAUGAUGGGUUCUUGUGUGUGACGCCGCUUGGGGCUCUUCACGUACUAUGGCAGGUUACAAAGUAAACUGCAUAAGUGGCUACUCCUUGGAGGUCGGGGCCGAUGGGGGCGCAGCUUGGUACGGCACGCCGCACGCAACUUUCGUUGGAGCCAGGGCUACGACCGUAGUGAUAACUUUAUCGUCUGGGACAAUUGGCAGUUUUGC